GCUCGUUAAUGAAAAUAGCGAAAUAUUAGCAGUGCAGUUCAAAUGUUUCAGAAUUCCAAAUGUUCACCAUCUGCUCAUAGGACAGUAUAACUGCUUGCAGAAAAUAAGCUACUGUCAUGUAGUGAUAAAUACUCAGCAUUAACAACAACAACAACAACAACAACAACAAUAAUAGAGGGUGGGAACUACAUAAGAAUUGGGGCUGCUGGACAUGGAUGUCUGCUUCCUCUAGCAGAGCUGCCUCUUACUCCUCUGUAUAGUUAAAGUGAUCUGUGAUCAGAACAUGUGCACAGAUAAUCCCAUUCUGGAGCAGUGUUUUGUUUUGCAUAUAUUUAAACAACUUUGUGAAGUGGGGUUCCUAUUGUUUCAAAUUUACCAAAUAGUGGUUGAGAGAGCAAGCAAUCUGGGCCAAACUAGAAAUGGUGCUGUUAGUAGUAGUAGUUAUUGUUGCUGUCGUCGUCGUAGUAUUAAUAGCCAACAACUUCUGACUUGAAUUUGAAGUUUGACAAAAGUGCUGGGUUUCAUGUGAACAAGUAGGUAACUGCUAUUGCCCUCAUUUUAGAAAUAGAUGAAGAGCAAUCAGCACUGCAAUCACAGGUACACUUACUAGCGAGUAAGUCCUUUCUCUCUCUCUGAACUACAUGGGACUUACUUCAGAGUAAAUAUGCUUAGGAUUGCACUGUAAGAGAUUUCUCCAAGGCCAUAGAGCAAAUCAAUGUUUUCCUGCUGCCAUUCCUGUGCUGAAAUACACUUUGUUUUUCUUGGAUUAUAUAACAUAAUCCAAGUUAGUAUUUGCAAAGUUGGCGUGUGCAUUUGUGCGUGUGGCCUCAGAUAGUAUGUAGAUAUUGUAAGCUUUUUCUACGAUUUCUUGGCAUUAUUUGUUGACAGCCAUGAAUAUAAGUAUAUAUAGACACUUACCAGUCCUCUUCCCCUUCAAAGAACAGCAACAGGAUGCAGUCAGUCUGCUGAUCUAUGUAUCACAGGGCAGUUUGAGGUCUGGCAAACUAUUUAUUUACAUUAAAGUGACUCACCCUGGAUGAAUGAGCAAGAGUCUUAACCACUAGGUUGUGCUAGAGAGCCAGUCCCAGCAGCCAUCAAUGUUUUUUUUUAAGUUGCAUUAUGCAACUCCUUUUACUAAAUGUUCCCUUCCUCUGCAUGAGCAUCAUUCUCAGACCAAAUGGAGCAGCAGGUUGCGGUAAAACAGUUACCGGUAUAUAUUCUGCUCAUGGACUUUGCUUACUUGCAAAUUUUGGCUGGUUACUUGCAAAGACAUUGUCUAAGCCCAUAAGUUUGGGUACACCCACUGAGACUUUACACCCAUGCACAUAUUCCCUUCUUAAUAGUAAUAACCAUGCCGUAUCUCAAACUGCUUAUAAGUUUCCCUUCAGUUUCACCCUGCAUCAAGAGGGCUGCUGUUUGCGAAACACAGGACUAAAGAACCUCUUGGACACAUUGAACUAGCUGCACAGCUCUUUUGAAAAUUUGUCUCUGUGUUCAAAAACUUCAUUAAACUUGUAAAUUUAAUAAAGGUAAGGAUUCACUUAGGUUUAAGUUUUUUGUUUUGAUGGAGCAGAAUCUGCUUUGGAGAGGAAAAUUUUUGCGUUCCUUUGUGGUAUGGAGUCUGUUUUAUAUGACAUUCUCUGUGCCCACUGUCCCUAACUCAGUGGCAAACUCAGGAAUGUUAGGCCUGGGUAAAGGUCUAAUAAAACAAUAGGUUUUGGGUGGCACUGUGGGUUAAACCACAGAGCCUAGGGCUUGCUGAUCAGAAGGUCGGUGGUUCGAAUCCCCGCGACAGGGUGAGCUCCCAUUGCUCGGUCCCAGCUCCUGCCAACCUAGCAGUUCGAAAGCACGUCAAAAUGCAAGUAGAUAAAUAGGUACUGCUCCAGUGGGAAGGUAAACGGCGUUUCCGUGUGCCGCUCUGGUUCGCCAGAAGCAGCAUUGUCAUGCUGGCCACAUGACCUGGAAGCUGUACGCCGGCUCCCUCGGCCAAUAAUGUGAGAUGAGCGCCGCAAGCCCAGAGUUAGUCACGACUGGACCUAAUGGUCAGGGGUCCCUUUACCUUUACCUAUUUAGCUAUAGUGCUGCCUUAUCUUUGCAUAACAAUGGCUUCAUGUAGCUAAAAGCUAUGGUAACAAAUGUUCUUUGUUCUUGUGGGGCUGAAGUACUGGUACUAGUUGAGCUGCUAGAAUAAAAAGAAGCUUGUGCAGCACACUCUCCAUAGGUAAUCAUUUCUGCGCUGAGUACCUCCAUUUGUAGAGGCAAAUUUGAUUGUAAACAUAUUUUCCCUUCAAGACAUGUCCUUUUUUGCAUGAUAAACUAGCAGUGCAUUCAGAUUUAAGGGAACAUUGUAAAAUAUUGUGAUGAGGAAAAUGGAAGAAUUUCCUCCUUUCUGCCUUAAUUCUCAACGGAUGUGGGUACAGGUUUCAAAGAUUUCCCUCCUUUCCUCUGCCUCUUGGAAGGUAUGAGAUGGCUGCCAGCCACACCAUAGGCUAGCUUUUGCCAACUUAGUACCCUCCAGGGGUGAGAGGAGUUGUAGUUGAACAACAUCUGAACAUUGGUCAUUCUCGCCAGAGCUGAGGGGAUUUGGAGUGCCAACGCCAUCUGGAGGACCCCAGGUUGGGGAAGGCUGCCAAAGGCUAACCAUACAUCCCAGGCCAUGGUUAACCAAAUUGGAGAAAUGGACGAUAGAACCCCAUUUUGCACGUUUUUCCUACUACAGCGGCACUCAGUCCAUUUGCAUAUGCCAUCUUCUGCAAUACAACAUGUAAGGGUCCCAACUGAUGCCAUUUAAUAAGGUGUUUCUCCAUGGGAGUAGUGUUUAAAGUGAUUCACUCACUGUCAUUAUUGUCACCUCUUGAUCCAGCAUUUUCCGUGCCUGGUAAACCUGAUAGCAGUAAUAUUAUGGCAACCGAGUGCAAGGACUUUGGUGAGUAGUUAGGGGUAAAAUGGUGCUGUCCAGAGAAAAUUAAAGUUUACUGGUAGGAGUGGGAGAACUGGGAUCUACUAGCUUCUUGGAGGAAACUCUCCCAGCCUAGACAGGCAAACCCAUGAAAUGAGGAGCAAACAUAACAUAGAAUCUCAGUCCCCUUGGCCUCAUUGGAUGGCAUAAUUGGCCAGCUCAGUAAGGUGCAUGGCCUCUCUGGAUGGUUAGCAUGAUAAAGAGACAGAGUUUCUAAACAAUAUCAAACCAUCACCAUUCCGAUUUUCAAAUGAGGGUUAGCUGCAUGUGGAUGUGCUGUGAAUGUGCUGGACAGCAAAGCUAGUGAAGGGAAAGGCUGGAUGCCUACAUACCAGGGACCACUGAGAUAUGCAGGGAAAUUGUGGGUCUUGUGUUUUUAAAUGGCCUACUACACACAUGCCUUCCCAGUAACCCUCAAAAAUAGGCUGGAGACAGUGGUUUCACAUGCUCAUUGCCCUCCAGCUACCUUGAAAUGUUAGCAACAUAGAGCAGCACCCACACAUGAGUUCUCAGCCCCUGGAGUUGGGAGGUAGGCUAAAGGCCAGUCUGGUGUGUAUUUCUGUGCCCAUCACUGGAUUGGGGAAAUGAAUUGGCUUUGGAGAAUACUCUGUUCUGAUUACAUUCCUUGGGCUCAAUUUGCUCUCUGCAAAGGGCCAUUUAACCUGCAAAAUGUAAUGCUUCCUCAUUGUGUAAAGGUGGGGGCAGAGGAGGCGUUAGCACCAAACUUUCCCCUCCAAGUUCUUUAAAAAGCAAGGAGGAAUGCCAUGCUGUGCUUCAGAGGACAAGAGAAAGGAAGAACAGGUGUCCAUUCUCCAAUCCUAGUUCCUCUACAGCCCUCUGCCUGAGCAGGGCAUUUUCCUCCUUUUUGCCCUUUCCUUUUCCUUCUCACUCUGUGAAUACCUUUCACAGGUCUACAUGUAGAAAAGGGGAAUGGGAUAUAACAACAAAAAAGGGAGAUAAAUACACAGAGUGCAAAAAAAUGCCAUGGGUCUUGAUUUGUACACAUAUGUGUCUCAUAUGUGUACAAACCUGGGUGUGCAUAUAAUAUAUAAUAGUGUGCCCCUUUAUUACCUGCUUAGGCAUGUUAUCAGUAAAGCGAAACUGGAAGUCUUGAUGCUUCCUUUUCUGCAUCUCCAGAUAACCUGUGAAGACUCUUCUUCAUAUACAUCUUUGUAUACCUUUAUUUUGCUCAUAAUAUCUAUAGUGUUUGUGGCUUAGUGCUUUGGCUUUUUGGACUGCUGCAGCAUGAAUUUUUAAAUGGGCGUUAAAUUUUCUCAUGAGAGUUAAAACAGGCACAUUGUCAAAUACUAGACUUGUAAAAAUGUACAGUAAUUUUGGAACAGUAUCCUCUUCUUAGUUAAGAUACUUUUUCCUUUUUUAAACUUGACAUUUAACAAAAUUAAAUAUCGUACUCUGCAGCAGUGUUAAUUUUGAGGGAGUAGUGUAUAGCCCUUAAUUAUAAAUACUUCUUAAGGCAGUUGUGCUCAAGUAUUUCAGAGAUGGUGGAAUGAUCUGAGCCUUUUCAGACAGAAAUGCAUUCUCAGAGAUGGUCUUUGUCAGGAAUCAGGAUUUUUUUUUGAAGCAGGUCAUUUCUUAGUAUGGAAAGUGGAUUGCUCAUAGCUAUCGGCAGUUUCAUUUGUAACUAAUGCUAAGAAGGAACCAUCUUACUGUAAUCAUUUUGCGUCAAAUACUACCAUCAUUCAUUACUUUCUAUCAGUGCCUCACCCUAUGGAGGAACCAGCACUGCCCAUCCACAUUGAGGAGGGGACAGAAGUUCCAACGGAAAGCAAAAACAUGGCAACAAAGGAGAAACUGCAGUGUCUGAAAGAUUUCCACAAGGACAUUCUCAAACCUUCCCCUGGCAAGAGCCCUGGGACACGCCCUGAGGAUGAGGCAGAGGGGAAGCCACCACAGCGUGAAAAGUGGGCCAGUAAGAUUGACUUUCUGUUGUCUGUGGCUGGAGGAUUUAUUGGAUUAGGCAAUGUUUGGCGAUUUCCGUAUCUCUGCUACAAAAAUGGCGGAGGUGCAUUUCUCAUACCUUAUUUCAUUUUUCUGUUUGGGGGAGGUCUUCCCGUGUUUUUCCUGGAGGUGGCACUAGGACAGUAUACCUCUGAAGGAGGAAUUACAUGCUGGGAAAAGAUCUGCCCUAUCUUCACCGGAAUAGGUUAUGCUUCCAUAGUGAUCGUGUCGCUUUUGAAUGUGUAUUACAUCAUCAUCCUGGCUUGGGGGCUGUACUAUCUAUUCCACUCUUUUACGAGUAAGCUGCCUUGGGCUUUCUGCGACCAAGAGUGGAACACAGAAAACUGCAUAGAAGACACUCUCAGGAAGAACAAAACCGUCUGGUUGUCACUGAAUACCACUAACUUCACUUCUCCUGUGACAGAGUUUUGGGAGCACAACGUAUUGAGCUUGUCUUCAGGAAUUGAUGAGCCUGGUGUGAUCAAGUGGGAUCUGGCACUAUGUCUCCUCCUUGUCUGGGUGAUAUGUUUCUUUUGCAUUUGGAAAGGUGUAAAGUCCACUGGGAAAGUUGUGUAUGUAACAGCAACUUUCCCAUUCAUCAUGCUUCUUGUACUGUUAAUCCGUGGUGUCACUUUACCUGGAGCUGCAAACGGCAUCAAGUUUUAUCUUUACCCUGACAUCUAUCGACUAACAGAUCCACAGGUCUGGAUAGAUGCCGGGACGCAAAUCUUCUUCUCCUAUGCAAUCUGCUUAGGUGCAAUGACUUCCUUGGGGAGCUACAAUAAAUACAAAUACAACUGCUAUAGGGACUGUUUGCUGCUGGGAUGCCUGAACAGUGGUACCAGUUUUGUGUCUGGCUUCGCAAUUUUUUCCGUCCUGGGCUUCAUGGCACAAGAGCAAGGGGUGGACAUUGCUGAUGUGGCAGAGUCAGGUCCAGGCCUGGCCUUUAUUGCCUAUCCAAAAGCUGUGUCCAUGAUGCCACUCCCAACUUUUUGGGCUAUUCUUUUUUUUAUUAUGCUUAUGUUGCUUGGCCUGGACAGCCAGUUUGUUGAAGUUGAAGGACAGAUCACGUCAUUAGUUGAUCUGUACCCAUCCUUCCUAAGGAAGGGUUACCGACGGGAAAUCUUCAUCGCUAUAAUAUGUUUCGUCAGCUAUCUUCUGGGACUAUGUAUGGUGACUGAAGGUGGCAUGUAUGUGUUUCAACUCUUUGACUACUAUGCAGCUAGUGGUGUAUGCCUUUUGUGGGUUGCAUUCUUUGAAUGCAUUGCUGUAGCCUGGGUUUAUGGCGCUGAUAAUUUUUACGAUGCCAUUGAAGAUAUGAUUGGUUACAGGCCCGGUCCCUGGAUGAAGUGGAGCUGGAUUUUAAUCACACCAGUUCUCUGUGUGGGGUGCUUUAUCUUUUCUCUGGCCAAGUAUACACCACUGACCUACAACAAGGUGUACAUAUAUCCUCAGUGGUCCAUUGGCCUGGGGUGGAUUCUUGCCCUCUCUUCUAUGGUCUGCAUCCCGCUUGUAAUGCUCAUUCGUAUUCUACAGUCUGAUGGCUCUCUCAUUGAGAGGGUGAAGGCAGUGGCUGCCCCUCGUGAGAUAACUCGGUGGGAUAAAGAAUCAGAGAGCGCUGCCACCUUCUGCCCUCCUGGAAUGGCCAAUGGAGAACUGAUCAAGCCAACUCAAAUCAUCGUGGAGACAAUGAUUUCACAGAAAGGAGUGUUGGGCCUGUAUCAUUCAAAGCAGCGUAGUAGCAUAUCAAUCAUAUCAAGCGUAUCAAAAUCUGGAAUGGAACUCUAGACCCACCGCUGAGGAAGCUACUGCAGCACAGGACUAUUCAGGACAUGCAGCUGAGUGUGUGAGAGAGAAAGAAGGAGAUACAGAAGGCAGACUUAGAUCCUGAUCCUCAUAGGCAUUUAAGUAGAGUCAUCAUUUGUAUCGUAAUAGAGAUAAGGAAGCACAAGAAGAUGAAGUGAGCUACAAAGGCAUUUUAGUUUGGAUGAGGCAUGAAACGUCUGAACAAGAUUUUUCAUCAAUGAACUAAGCAUACAGAACUUUCCCACUUACCUCAGGAAUAAGGAUUUGCUUCUGGAAAUCUCACCUCAGCUUUGACCAAGCCCUGGUUCUUAUGGAGGGUAAUAAGAUGGUGUUGGAUAAAGGCUCUUAGACCCUCCCAUAUGGGCAUUGAUCUUGGGGGAGGUGGUGACCCCUUUUAAGUGAGUAUUGGCACGAAACGCAAUAUGGGCAGGAUGGUAAGCCAGAAAUGGCAGCAAAGCCUUUACCUGAGUACCUGUAGCCAGUUUAGUCUGUCAGUGACAGAUACUGUAGUUUAAACUGGAACCUAGCCAGUAUUUAAAAACAUUCCUAAUUAUAUUUUUUUUAAAGAAAAAAGAAAACCUAAGAAAAUGUCUACAUGUGUCCCAUGCUCUCAUUGGCCACAGCGUAUUGAUUUUACAAAUGCAUGCUAAGUCAUGUCAGGUUUUAUAUGAAAUGGAAACAACUUUAAAUAAAAAGGACCAAAGCACAGUUUUUCAAGUUCCUUGUAUAGCUUUUUUGUUUUUGUUUUGUUUUUAAGGUAAGAGUCUCAGAUUUAUUUUUAUGUGAGGGAACUGAACUUUGAGUACACACAGGUGGCCAGGGUCAAGGCUUUCACUUUCCAGUGACCAUCCUACUGGAAGAGCCUUAAGCCAAACACUCCCAUAAUAUGCGAUGACAUGAUAGCAUCCUUCUCAAAUCCUGGCCCCUACCAGCUGAAAAGCUUAACCUGGAGGGCUAAGGCAGCCAAGGGAAAGCUGACCCCUCUCAUCCAAGCCUCAUUCCUAUCCAAAGUAGGACUCCAAUUUAAUAAGCACAGGUCAGACUUGUAUUGUCUCUUUUCAUGCUAUUGGGGAGCAAUGAGGAGUUAGGCCAGAAGCAGAUCUUAACUGAAUUCCCUUGACUCUCCCUGGUGCACAUUGACCUAAAUACGUUGCAGUGUAUAUUUUGAUAAGCAAGUAAAUAAAUGAGUUCAGGCUUUCCAAAGCAGCUGAUGAUCCCAGGGCAAAUAUAAUCAACCAGGGGAUACUCUAAGCAUAUAUUGUGGGAGGAUGAAUUUCCAGAACAAAACCAGAAAGAAUCAGUACUGCGCCUUUAGAGUUCCAGCUAGGGAAGACAAGUACCCAGCCCAUUUUGAGGUUAAGCUGUGUCAUUUGAAUCAGUAGCUUCCAUGUCAAUGGUGAAAGGGUUUUAUAGGCAUAUACACAGUGACCUUAAAAAGUUAUGCUAGCUAGUUAGUGCAAUUGGUGGCAGGUGGGGGUGAGCAAAGCCUCAAUCAAGUUUAACACAGUUUGUCAUCCUUAGGUUUUCUGUUCCAAGGAGCAUAUUUUCACACCGCAAAAUCUCUGAAUAAUCGAAUGUGGUAAAUCUGAAUGUCAAUAGUAGAUUCUGCCAAAUUAAAGGGCAUGGGGUGGGCGUGGGGGCAGGGUUAGGGGGACAUUGUAAACAACUGUUUGUAUUUUCUACUUAUUUAUGAUUGAAAAAAAGAAAGACUGGUUUUUUUCUAAUUUACUUUGUAGAACUUUGUGGCCUAUUUUAUCUGUUAUUUUGUAACUAAAGUUAAAUAUUCAGUAUUGUGACUGUUUGUGAACUGGUUUGGAUUCAGGGAGAUGGGGAAGGGAGGGUGGAAUAGCAUAAAUGUUUGUUCACAUAAGUGAUUGCAUUUCCCCCAAAAAAAGUUGGGAGAAAAAGAGCAUACCUUGAAUGCUUUGUGGGUUUGGAAAAGGGACAUGUUCUUGAAACAGUGUUCUUGAUUUGGAUGAAUUCCAGAAAUGUCCAGUUACAGAUCACUGGGAUGUUCAAGACACCUGCAGCCAGCAGUGGCAGAUCUGGUUCUGACCAAAGCAGUUUCCAGAGUUGUCUGGUAACUUUUGUUUAAGAGAAGGACACAUCUUCCAAACUUUCAGCAUUAAUUCAUCAUUAGUCACGAUCUCGUUGAGAGGUAUCAGUUAAUAACAAUAUAACCAGAAGUACACAUUUACAAAAUAUUUAUACAUACUGAAAAUUAGGGGGGAAACGAAGUUAAUUCUCAUUAUUUACACUUUGCUUCAAAACUAUGUAUGUGGUUCUGGUCAGAUUGAAUCCACAAGGCAGUAUAAGCAUCAGAAUCAGAACAUGGAUGUUUUGAGCAACCAAAAACCUGGGUGUUUUGUUAUUUAAGCAGCAACAGCUGGGCUGGGCAGCUGCUGAGGUAGGCCUAGGGAGGCAGAGGGAAGAGGAAUGGCUGGAGGGUAGGUGAGCAGUCAAGGCUGAUGGAAGGAAACUUGCAGCUAAUUUGUGCAACGAGAAGGUGUGUGCUGCUAUGGCAACAGAAAUUACUGUGGUUUGCUUUAAGCCUUAAAGAGUAAUGUAAUUUUUCAUUUAUGGUGUGACCUUAACCCAUGUUUACUUGGAGGUUAAGCACCAUCAUGUGCAAUGGGGCAUGCUUCUGAGUAAUAUACAUAGCAGGUCUCCGCUUCCAAAUGCCACCAGGAAACAAUUUCAAAGAGGCAAGAAGUGUGUCAGGGUUGUAUCCAGUUGUACCUCUCCUGACUGGCAAAAGGCUUUGUCUAGUGGUGGCUUACAUGGUGGAAAGCGAGAGGUUGGUUUUUUUGCAAGUCCCCUCUUACUCCUGCAUUGCCCCCCACUACCAAAUGGCUCCCCAAAUCUCUGGAUCAGAUUUAGGGGACUGCAGACAGAACGGAGAAUCAGCAGCAAUUGCCUCUUCUCCCUGCUUUUUCUCCUGUUCCUGUCUCUGUAAACCAGGCAUCCCCAAACCAUAGCUGCCAAGUUAUCCCCUUUUUAAAGGGAUUUUCCAUUAUGCUGAAUAGGCUUCCUCGCGAGAAAAGGGAAAACUUGGCAGCUAUGCCAAACUUCAGCCCUCCAGAUGUUUUGGACUACAAUUCCCAUCAUCCCUGACCACUGGUCCUCUUAGCUAGGGAUCAUGGGAGUUGUAGGCCAAAACAUCUGGAGGGCUGCAGUUUGGGGAUGCCUGCUGUAAACCUUCAGUGGAUCAAAGAGACUUCCAUCUACAGAGGGACACCAUUGGGUGCAACCCUCAGCCAUUAUUGCCUCUCUAUCCAUCAGCCAGUAGGACAUUAGACAAUUGUAAGCUUUGCACAGCUUUCUUUGCUUGAGAGGACCUGAACUCAAAGCAUUUAGUUAAAAAAACCCCAUUUUUAAGAAGUCUGUAGUAGCUGGCCUGUUAUAAACUGAAGGUGAUUUCCAUGCUGUAUUGAGUAAAUCAUAUUGACUGGUGAAACUCUGCUGAACAGAAGCUCAAAUAUGAUUUUAAAGGAACAAUCACAUCUCCACUGAGGCACAACUGUUCUUCAUUAUUUUUCUUUUAAUAGUGAUCAGUGCAGAAUAAAAACUUGGUUCUUUCCAGUAUGGGAAAAGGUAGUGAUGUUCUGAACUACCUUGCCGUGUUUGAUUUUUUGCAAGAACUGUACACUAAAGGAAAAUAUUGUUUAUCAUAUGGAUUGAUGAACCCAAACUUGGAUGCCAUCUGUUUGGGACUGGAGGCGGGUUGGAACCCAAAUCCAAGUUGAAAUCCAGGAGCACAACCCAGCUUUCUGCACACAAUUGACCAAAUGUUCAGACGCCAGUCUCUGAACUGUACCACUUUUGUCCAGAGCUAAAUCUCAGCAAUUGUUAGAAUUCAAAACCUCCUUCCAAUAUAUGAUUAAAGACUAUUGAAAAUGAACAAGGAGAGCUUGGAAAUCAUCCAGAUGCAAGCUCUACAGUUUCACAUUGGUUUGCUUAGAGUGGGAGUCCUAAUUGUGCUAAAUGCUUGGCAGGAAGAAUGUAAUUUUAGACCACAUGUUGGUUUCCUAGUUCCUUCUGGAAAGGAGCUGUGUAUUUCACCUGUCUCUAUCUAAAUCUCUAAAAGUAUCUGCUGACAGCCUAGUCUGCAAUUCAGUUAAGCCAAAGUAUUUCAAUUUAAGCCAAUUCUGCCUCGUCGUCUUCUAUGGUACUAAAUCCAUAGAAGUCCCAGUCCUACAGCAUGAACAAGUUGUGGAUUAGGCUGUUGGUUGCCUGUUAGUACUUUAUGGAAGGCUAGAGGGGUGGGCAAAAAUGAUAAGAUGUGCAUUCCUUUGUCAGGAAAUAAAACGCCGUAGCUUAUUUUUAAACGAUAGCCUUAGGAAUUCCACUGACAGCACUAAUACUAGCUAUGGGGUAGAUCUGAAAAUUCCCAUGAUAAGUUCAGUUUAGAUUUUUUUGGGGGGGGGGAGGAGAGAAGUAAAAUGUGCUAAAAGAAAACCCCUUAUUUCCUUUUCUUAAAACACAAAAAGUGGAUAUGUUCAAGUUCUGCAAUCCACUUAACUGAUAUCUACUUAGUAGCCGGCUGGCUCAAAGAUGAACCCAGAUACACAGACAAUGCAGCCUGCUCUUCAAAAUUUUAAAGGGAGCUCAUUUUCCUAUAAAUAUUCUUAGGAUUGCAGCUGGAAUAUUGUUAAGUUAGGGUUGGGGCUGGAAGGAGUUUUCUAGCUCAGCUGCGUUUGCUGAGCCCUAUUGCAUUGAGCUAAGGCUGGAAGCCAACCCCUUCGUAUAGGCGGCCAAGCAACUGAGUUGAAAAACUCUCUGGAAGGACAGGGUAACAGAUGAGCUGCCAAAUGGCUAACAAUCAGCUGCGGAAGGGCAAUGUGUGUGAGCGUGUGACUUAUUUUAAGGAAGGACAAAGUUGGAUGGCAGGAACCAAAGGACAGUCUGAGGCUGCUCACAAGUGUCUCUUCCCACCUCCCCUCGAAGCAGUCAGUGCAGUGCUCUGAUACAUUCACUGUUGUAAUAGAACAUUGUUUGUGUUGUUGCUGUAUUGUGCUGUAGCGGUUUUGAAAGGAAUGCAUCUCCAGGGGCUCUACAGUUAUAAAAGUAAGACUUGACAGCCUCUUUAGUCUACUGAAAACAGUGGUGAGCAUUUUGGAAUUAUUUGAAUUCACACUUGUGACUACCAUCUGUCAGGAGUAGCCACGUGGAUUGGAGAGGACACCAGACCCUUUUCCUUUUGAAAAAAUAAUUUUUGAGAAUAAUUUUUUUAAGAAGACAUUUUAAACCUGUUGUCGUUUGUCAUUCUUAUUGUUCCGGAAAGGAAUAUUUGUAUAGGAAUAAGAAUUUGGAGUGUACUUCAACCCUGAAAAAAAUAGGUUUUAUUUGUGUAUACCGUAAAUGUUUGUAUUUUGCAGUUUUAUCUGUUUUGCUUUUUAGAUAAAGAAAAUGUAUAUUGAUAUUUUAAAAGUCAUUUUUGCUUUUUUAGAUGAGUUUGUAAUCAUCACAAACAGAAAAAUAAAAAAGCCUUUCCUUUAUAAAGUGA